AUGGCUGCGUUACCGCCACGAAAAAAUCCUACCCCUACCAAAAUUUCUAAACAGCAUUUAACGCCAUUGCAAAUUUUACUCCAGAUGGGCUUCCCAAAGCACAGAGCGGAGAAAGCUUUGGCAGCGACCGGAAAUCGUGGAGUUCAAUUGGCUUCGGACUGGUUACUGGCACAUGUCAACGAUCCAUUUCUAGAUGAAUGUUCACCCCGCGAGUAUAUACUGUAUGCUUGUCCUACAGGACCGUUUUUACAACAACUCGAAAAUUUUUGGGCGCAAUCGAAAGACACAUGUGGCUGGAACGGUGCUCAUAAUUUUACGCCACACAUUACCCUUGUAUCAUUCUUCAAAGCCCCGGACGAAUGCGCCCCACAACUAUCCAAAGCAUUGAAGGAUCUCAUGAAUCUUCCAGGCGCCCGAAUCGAUCGACCGAUCGGGCUAGAGUUGUAUACAAGUCCAAAUUUCAUGGGAUUUUUUGUUGCUGAAGACGAUGCUAACUAUCUCAAACGGCUAGCUCUUCAAUACGUUAAAGAAGUAUCGCACUCAAUAAUUAGUGACACCUAUGAGCAGCUAGAUGCAUUGGUAACCUGUUUUCCGUGGUGCGGGGGAGUAACUUCGGCCCGAUGUAUACCGCGUAGCAGUCGAUCUAUCUCGCUGGAACCGCACGUUAAAUCGUUGCAUUUAACAUUGGCUUACCAAUUUCCACCUGGCCAAUUCAAUGCUCUGAAAACUUUGGUAGAAAAAUUGGACGCUACCAGUGCGGAAGCGAACUGGGAGUUGCGGCUAUUUUCACGUGAUCCCCGACUAGUCACGAAACAAGUACAUAAAGUGCUCUAUCCACAUACACCACGUGAAACGGACGAAUUGGAAUUACGGAUCGGAGAUUAUAUUUACCUAAAUCCGGAAGCAAUUCAAACCUCUUCUGACGGCUGGGUGGAAGGGAUAUCUUGGUUGACCGGUACUACCGGCUUUUUGCCUGAAAAUUACACAGAACGUACAGCGGAAUCGGAUGCUUGGACAAUGCACCGCACUGUGCCGCUGUGUGACACUAGGACAUUGGAAGAAAUGUCAGACAUGGUGGAUGGAGUACACCCUGCAACCUCGCAAAACGUUCUUUCACAAGGCAGCGAUCCAAUAUCGGAAGUAUUGGUAUCUGUAGGUCAGAGUAAAUCGCAACUUGAAUCGGUCCCUAUCUCGUCGAACAUACCACAACCUACUACUGAGCAGGCUACUACGGACGAUCUGAACUCAAGCAGAAUGUUUGGUGGAACUAAAUCGUUGGAAGAGUUUCCAUUGGAAAAAUUACACGAGCUGGUUCAAAAACGUACUACGAUGCAAGUGAUUCCUGGUGACGACGACACGUGUACGCAAGAUAUUCAAUCCCCUGAAAUUGGCAGUCGUAAAGUGUUUAUAAUGCGUCAUGGAGAACGUAUCGAUUUUACGUUCGGGUCGUGGGUUCCAUACUGCUUCGACGAUGCAGGCAACUACAUGAGAAAAGAUUUGAAUAUGCCAAAAACAUUGCCUCCUCGUAAGCCAAACCUCUGGCAGAAGGAUACACCACUUACAAAUGUUGGACGCUAUCAGGCACAGCUUGUGGGCGAAGGUUUGAAGGAUGCCGGUAUUCAGAUUGAAAAAGUCUUUUGUUCACCCGCAUUUCGAUGCAUUCAGACAGCCACUUCAGUAGUAGAAGGGCUUGGAUUAAAAUCUACGCUUCCUCUUUGCAUUGAGCCAGGUCUGUUCGAGUGGCUGGCUUGGUACCACGAUGGAAUUCCAGAAUGGCUCUCAAAAGAAGAGCUUAAAGCGGCUGAUUACAACAUCGCCACAGAAUAUGUUCCUACGAGAACAUUUGAAGAUCUUAAGGAAUGCCUUCAGGAAAAACUAGAAGAGUUUUACAAUCGUAACUCUAGCGCUACGGAAUCUAUCAUAAAUAGUACAGAAGGGAAUAUUUUGAUAGUUGGUCAUGCCACCAAUUUAGACACAUGUUCGCGAUUCAUAACUGGCGAAAAACUUCGUUCAACCACUGACAUGGGCAGAAUAAUGCAAAAAAUUUCGUACUGCAGUUUGGCUGUGAUGGAAUCAGUCAAAAUAGGCAUGGGUGAAGGUGAUUCGGAUAAAACAACUGGAAGCUGGAAACUUACCAUGCCACCUUGUGAUCCAGUAACUCACACAAACAAUAAUCGAUUUGAUUAUAAAAUUCUCUUGCCUCAGUAGUAAAGCGAAAUUCAGUGCCAGGGUAUUAUUGAAUUAACAGUUCAAUAUACUCUUACUUACAAGAGCACUCUUACUUUUUUGCAAAGAAUUGUUAAAUAAACUAUUUGUUAAGCUCGUUGUACUACUAUCAGAAUCAUACAGCAAGAAUGUUCAGCUUGGUAUUGGUAUAAAUUAGCAAAAAAAUUUAGUUAUGUUGUGAAGCAAAUGUGCACUUAUGUACCUAUAAAAAAUAAUUAUAAUAAUGAUGCUGUACGCGAAGAAUUCUUCAUGCUUUCUAAUCGACAAUAAUGCAGAAAAGGGUAUGAUCUCAAUUGCUUUCAACGCAGACUAUAUAUACUUAAAUAUAUAAAUCUAAAUGGUCUUAUUGACAAUCCGCGUUAAGUUAUUUUAUUGCUUGCCUAUACACAUCAAUUCGAGACCCUUGUGAAGUAAACUAACCAUUAUAACCAAAUCUGUCCUUUCCAUACUUUGUGGGUCAACACUUAACUAUUGUAUUUUUUUUUUUUUUGUAAUUUUAAAUUUGAUCCACAGUAAAGCGCGUCUGAUAGAAUAAGACUAUUAUAAAUAUAUCGUACAAAGCAUAUGCAAGAAAAAAUUUAAUUUAUGUUUAUUGUAGCUUGUACAUGCUAGCGAAAACCAUGUAUAAAUCGCGUUGUAAUAAACCACUAUUCUACAUCCA